ACCAUUACCGUAAUCCCAGGCCUUGUUCACUCAACGAAUAUCCAUGUCUGUCAGAAUAAGACUAUAGGAGUCUAACCAAAUUGUAACUGCGGAUGGACAAGUCCCAAGUUCCACCUUUCCAGCUGCAGCCACUGGUCACCUUCCAGCAACAAGAGGACAUCAUCAACCUCUCUGACUCUCCAGCGCCUAGCUUGAGAUCGUCCACUAACGCUCCGCAGAAUGCGCUCCGAGCGUUCAUCUCCGGUAGUGGGUCGGCGAGAGGUCUUGCGAACCUGACGGGUGCGGCUCCAGCGGUGCAAGAGAAGGUCGAGAUUCGAUGCGCAGAGGCUUUUGAAUCUAAUUUGUACAUCGGCUGCUCUGACGGGACACUGUUAUGGUACACCCUCAACGAGAGCGACAGCGCAGCCAACCCAUACAUACUACAAGAAAAGCACACCCUCCCAAGCCGCAAAGCCGUAUCCCGUAUCGCGCUCAUCCCGCGGCUCUCAAAAGCGCUCGUCCUGUCCGACGGCACGCUCUACUUCUUCCUCCUCCCCUCGCUCGAGCCUAUCCCUAUCUCACUCAUCAACCAUAUCCGCGGUGUGCUCACUUUCGCCCUGGACGACGCAGACGUAUUCGCCCACCCGGAAGAUGUGGACGCCACCGGUCUAUGCGUACUGACCAGACGCGGCGUCGGUCUAUGGUCACUACGCGAACGGUUGUUGCCCAUCAAAGAAGUCCCCUUGCCCUACCGUGGGCUGAUCGCGAAACGCUAUGCAGAGCACAUGUUCAUCGCCUCCGAAGAGCUGUACCACUUCGUCGACCUUUCUUCCUCUCAAUCGACCGAGUUUGCACCGAUACCGACGAAUCAGUACUCAGCUGGAGGAGUGGUCGUCCCCCCACGUCCGAGCAUCAUCACUGUUGCGCAGCACGAGUUCCUCAUUGCCCUGGACGGGGGUGCGGGCGCUAUGGGCCUAUUCUUGAAAAACGGCGACCCCGUACGCGGCACUUUGGAAUGGGAACACCUACCCCGCGCGCUUGCCGUUGACUGGCCAUACGUCUCAGCCCUUCUCCCGAACGGCACAGUCGUAGUGCACUCGAUCGAGACGCUCAAAGUGGUGCAGACUGUUGACGUGCCUGUAUCCCUCGGCGCUCGGACGAUGAGCAGCAGCAUGGACGGCCUAUAUGCACCCUCUACGGCGAACAACCGCAAUCUAGAGCUCGUUACGAUGCAGAUUAUCCCUCCCUUCCCUGAAACGCCGCCUGAAGAGCCCGAGCCGGAGGAGGAAGACUCGGCAGCACCACAGAGCGGGUCAGGUCUCACUCCACCGCCCUCUCCACCACCAAAGCCUGCAGGCAAAGCAGCACCGCCAGCGUUCAC